CUUUUCUUGUUCUAUUCAGUAAUAUCAGCUACUCCUAUUGAUCAAAAAGACCAUCUUCAUCUUCUGCCCCCACAUUGGGUUUUGAGAGUAGAUGUGAAUGGAAUGGAGGUCCUGAGAGGGUAGGAUGGUCAUUUUCAGAUGCACUGAGUUCCCUCCUCUUGUUUUUCUUCCUUAGAGACAAGACUUCCUGCUGUGUCUUGUCUCUCUCAGUGAUUUCUGGAUAAUUUUGAGGUUUCCCUUGUUUCAGAGGUUACGUAUCCAUUUUCUCUUUGAGUGAGAAUUCAUCAUAUACAUACCUCCAUCCAUUUCAAAAAACUUCUCCUCAAUACCCAAAAUCUGUUUUAAAAAUGUUGGCUCUCUUUCUCUCUGGGAUGUGAAUCCCCUCCCCCUCAAUUGGGUGGGUAUUGUUUACUGUUUAGUACGUGGCUCAUCUAUAUGUCUUUUUUUCUUAUUAUUUUCACGACAGUUGCAAUAAUUGAGUUACUCAAGCCUAGACUCGAUGUCAUUUUUUGAAAUUUGUGAAUGAGGUGAAGGAAGCAAAGUAUAUUUUGAUGAGGGUUUUGUUCUGCAAGAUCCAAUGUCCUUCGUUCAUUUGCUUUUGCAAACCUUCUGUUCCUCAUCUUUACAAUUCCGGGCCUUUGAAAUUGGAAAAUACCCCACAUGUCCCUUCAACAGUUGUCUCUGUUACUGAUUCCUCUGACCAAUUACCUGGUGAAGUCAUUGAGGUUAAGGAAGAGGGUACAGAUGGAAAUCUGCAAGCUGAGAAUGAUUUCAGAAAGAGCUGUAUCAGGAAGAUGUCAACUGAAUUGGGUGCUCCGAAAGAGGUUGCAAAGAAGAAAGUCCAAUGGAUGGACAAAUUGGGGAAAGAGCUUGUUGAGAUCAAAGAAUUUGAAUCCAAGGACCAGAUAGCCAGUAAGCCAUAUGAUAGCUAUUGAUAAGAAGAAUCCCAAUGGAAACCCAACUGCAGCUCCUUCCCAAGAAAACCACGAUUCCUUCUCGUCUUUGCUCUCAUCUUCCUGUGGUGGUUUCACCAAUGGCAGC